AUGGAGGAAACCAGACAAAACCCAAUUGGAAAGCGCCCAAAGCUUUCGGAUGGAGAGCAAAACAUGACCUCGAUCGAUAGGCUGAGCAGCUUGCCGGACGAAGUCAUAUCCCACAUUCUCUCUUUCCUCCCGACUAUGUGGUCAGUGGCGACCAGCAUUCUCGGAAAAAGAUGGAGGUUUCUAUGGGCCCAUGUACCCUGUUUGGACUUUAGUGGAGUCGAUUUCAAUGAUGAUGGAACACAAGAUUCAGACAUCAUCCACAGGGUUAUAUUGCGGCACGAGGCUAAAAGAAUGGAUACUUUAACACUCUGCGACCUCAACUGCAACGAUUAUCAACUGGAGACAUUGAUUACAGCUGCCAUCGACCGUGGUAUCCAGAAUCUUUAUCUUGAGCUUGACUUCGAUACAUUCCCUCGAUGCAUCUUCAAUUGCAAAACCAUUGUAGACUUGAAGCUUGAUGUUUCAUAUAUGAGAGUGUUACUCUCUGCUGUGGACAAUGUCUCUCUGCCUAGCCUCAAGAAGUUUCAUGUUUCUUCUAGUGUUGUGUAA